AUGCUGCAGCUGCCCCCGGGCGCCCCCGCCGCCGCUCGCCGCGGAGCCGCGCGGAGCGUAGCCCGCGAGCUAACCGGAGCCUGCGGCCCGGAGCCAGCCGGCGGGCGUCCGGGAGGCGGCGGCGCAGGGAGGGGCCCGAGCGCGCACGUGGCCCCGGCGGCCGCCAUGGCGGACAGCGGCCCCGCGGGGGGCGCGGCGUUGGCCGCUCCGGCCCCCGGGCCGGGCAGUGGCAGCACAGGGCCCCGAGUCUACUUCCAGAGCCCCCCUGGGGCCGCAGGCGAAGGCCCGGGGGGCGCGGAUGACGAUGGCCCGGUGAGACGGCAAGGGAAGGUCACCGUCAAGUACGACCGCAAAGAGCUACGGAAGCGCCUCAACCUGGAGGAGUGGAUCUUAGAACAGCUCACGCGUCUCUACGACUGCCAGGAAGAGGAGAUCCCAGAGCUCGAGAUAGAUGUGGAUGAACUCUUGGACAUGGAAAGUGAUGAUACCCGGGCUGCUAGAGUCAAGGAGCUGCUAGUUGACUGUUACAAACCCACUGAGGCCUUCAUCUCUGGCCUGCUGGACAAGAUCCGGGGCAUGCAGAAACUGAGCACACCCCAGAAGAAGUAA